GAGGGAGGGGAGCUGGGACUCGGACCCUGGACUGAGUAGGGCCCGGGCUGAAGCUGAGCACCCUACUCCCGAGGACCCCCCACCCCGUUAGCCUGGGAGGACUGAGGGACUGAGCCCCCCCAGAGCAGAACCUCCCCCUGGAAGGGCCGCGCCGCAGCCCGUGGGAGGGCCUCGCCCCCGGCGCCCUCCAUCUCCACUCGCUGCAGUCCCGGCCUCCGCCGGAGGGAGGGGACGAGCGCCCUCGGGGGGCCGUGGACCCCGGCGUUCUGAGCGUUCCGCGCCCCGCGCCGCCCGGCCCCCCCGCCGCCGAUGGCCGCCGACCCGCCGGGAGCUGCCGAGAAGGGAGAGAUGGCUCCCGGGACACGUGUGAGCCCUCGGCGUUGCUGACGCCCCCAAUGUCGUCGAGCAGCCGGGGGCCGGGGGCCGGAGCGCGCCGACGCCGAACCCGCUGCCGUCGCUGCCGGGCCUGUGUGCGAACUGAGUGCGGGGACUGCCACUUCUGCCGAGACAUGAAGAAGUUUGGGGGGCCCGGGCGCAUGAAGCAGUCGUGCCUGCUCCGGCAGUGCACCGCGCCCGUGCUCCCACACACAGCUGUAUGCCUCUUGUGUGGGGAGGCUGGGAAGGAGGACACAGUGGAGGGAGAGGAGGAGAAAUUUGGUUUGAGCCUCAUGGAGUGUACAAUAUGCAACGAGAUCGUCCACCCUGGCUGCCUGAAGAUGGGGAAGGCUGAGGGUGUCAUCAAUGCGGAGAUACCUAACUGCUGGGAGUGCCCUCGCUGCACCCAGGAAGGCCGGACCAGCAAGCUUCCAUCUCCCCAGGAUUCAGGUGAGGGACCAGGCCGCCGCAGGGCUGACAACGGCGAGGAGGGUGCCAGCCUGGGGAGUGGAUGGAAGCUGACGGAGGAGCCGCCACUUCCACCACCCCCACCCAGGCGCAAGGGCCCCCUAUCUGCUGGGCCCCCCCCGGAGGACAUGCCUGGGCCCCCCAAAAGAAAAGAGAGGGAGGCAGGGAAUGAGACCCCCACCCCAAGGAAAAAGGUGAAAGGAGGCCGAGAAAGGCACCUGAAGAAGGUGGGUGGAGAUGCCUGCCUCCUCCGAGGAUCGGACCCAGGCGGCCCCGGCCUUCUACCCCCCAGGGUUCUGAAUCCAAGCCAGGCUUUCUCGUCCUGCCACCCUGGGCUCCCUCCCGAGAACUGGGAGAAACCAAAGCCACCUUUGGCCUCUGCUGAUGGCCCAGCAGUGCCAUCCCCAUCACCACAAAGGGAGAAGCUGGAGCGUUUCAAGAGGAUGUGCCAGCUGCUAGAGCGGGUACCUGACACGUCCUCAUCUUCCUCGGACUCAGACUCAGACUCUGACUCGUCAGGCACAUCGCUGAGUGAGGAUGAGGCCCCUGGCGAGGCCCGGAAUGGGCGACGGCCAGCCAGGGGCAGCUCAGGCGAGAAGGAGAACCGCGGGGGGCGGCGGGCUAUGCGCCCUGGCAGUGGGGGGCCCCUCCUCAGCUGGCCCCUGGGCCCCGCCCCACCGCCCCGGCCCCCACAGCUGGAGCGGCAUGUAGUACGGCCCCCACCUCGAAGCCCUGAGCCCGACACGCUGCCCUUGGCUGCUGGAUCCGACCAUCCCCUGCCCCGUGCCGCCUGGCUCCGUGUCUUCCAGCACCUCAGUCCCCGAGAGCUAUGCGUUUGCAUGCGAGUCUGCCGGACUUGGAGCCGCUGCAAACCUUUGAAGGAAGUGCUGCCUAUUUCCGCUAGAUGGUUUGGAGAAUGGAGGCCCAGAGAAGGCAAGCAACUUGCGUGCUAUGAUAAGCGCUUGUGGCCGAGAAUGGACCUGAGCCGUAGGAAGUCACUAACCCCGCCCAUGCUCAGUGGUGUGGUUCGUCGCCAGCCCCGGGCCUUGGACCUCAGCUGGACAGGUGUCUCCAAGAAGCAGCUCAUGUGGCUUCUCAACCGACUGCAAGGCCUGCAGGAGCUGGUGCUGUCUGGCUGCUCCUGGCUCUCUGUCUCUGCCCUGGGCUCAGCCCCACUGCCAGCCCUGCGGCUCCUUGACCUCCGGUGGAUUGAGGAUGUUAAAGACUCUCAGCUCCGCGAGCUGCUGCUGCCUCCGCCUGACACCAAACCAGGAUGCCAGGAAGAAGAGGAGAGACUGGAGGCAAACGGAGAGCCGUGGGCGGCUGCAGGGGGUGGCAGAGCUGCGCCUGGCAGGCCUCGAGCUGACAGAUGCCUCCCUGCGGCUCCUGCUGCGCCACGCCCCCCAGCUGAGCGCCCUGGACCUGAGCCACUGCGCCCAUGUUGGGGAUCCCAGUGUCCACCUCCUCACGGCCCCCACCUCCCCACUCCGGGAAACCCUCGUACACCUCAAUCUUGCUGGUUGCCACCGUCUCACAGACCACUGCCUCCCACUGUUCCGCCGCUGCCCACGCCUACGCCGCCUAGAUCUGCGCUCCUGCCGCCAGCUCUCACCUGAAGCUUGUGCCCGGCUUGCAGCUGCUGGACCCCCUGGCCCUUUCCGCUGCCCAGAGGAGAAGCUACUUCUCAAGGACAGCUAGUUGGGUGUCCCCUGCCCUCCCCCAGGACUCAUCUGGAGCCUGGACCUCGGGCCUCCAUUUCACCCGUGCCAGGAGGCCAAGUUACCUUAUUAUGACUUGGGAUUCCUCCCAGGUAUUCGAGCCAGCCUCCCCCUUCCUUACCCCCUGCACUGAUAUCUCUGGGGGUCUUUUCUUCCCAUCCCCUCCCCCUUCCACUUGCUUCAUUGUCCAUCCCCUGGGGGGAAUGGGUCAAAGGUACUGGGGGGUACUGAGCCAAAGGGAUGGUAGGGGGGGGUUAAGGUGCAAGUUUGAGGUGGGGAGAAUGGGGAAAGGGUAU